CUCUGGGAAUAAUCCUCCGUGACGUCGGAGCGGUCCCGUCCCCUGCGCCGCCGCUGGGGUGCCCGGUCGGUCUCCCUUUUGGGAUGAAUUCAGUUCCGAGAAGGAGGAGCACCGAGGAGCCCGCAGCCUCCUCGCGGCCGCGUCCGACCCGGUGCGGCUCGUGAGUACCGCCGAGCGAGAGAACGGCCGGGAGCGUUCGAGAGGAAGAGGGGCCUGUGGGCCCGCCAGACCUCGGGAUGGACACCCUGAGGGAGCAGGUCAUGAUCAAUCAGUUCGUCCUGGCCGCGGGCUGCGCCCGCGAGCAGGCCAAGCAGCUGCUGCAGGCCGCCCACUGGCAGUUCGAGACGGCGCUCAGCAUAUUUUUCCAAGAGGCGGCGAUCCCCUCCUGCCAGGGCCCCGGAGCGCACUUCGGCCAGAUAACGCCGUGCAACACGCCGGCCACCCCGCCGAAUUUUCCGGACGCCCUGCUGGCCUUCUCAAAAAUGUCCGCCGGGGAGAAGACUCCUUCGGGAAUGUCUCCGAACCAGAACGGACAGCAGGGUUUGACCGCGCAGCAUCAGCAUCAGCAACAGCAACCGCAGCAGCAGCAGCAGCAGCACCACGGGAGCCGAUGUAGCGUACCCGGGAGCGCGCAACAGCAGACGCAAGGGCCGCAGCUCGGAUUGGGAGAGCUCCAGAGGUAAAAUCCAGGGAGAGAGAAAGGAACGGUGAUCUUCGGAUCGGGGAGCGACCGGAAGGAUCUUUUUUCCUUUUCCCUCGGCGCCCGACGGGUCGAGGAAGACGCUCGACCGGUCGCAACUGGUCGCACCUGGAUGGGACUUCUGGUUCCUGACGCGAACAAGAGCGCGAAGGGCGGCGAGGAGCCGAGGCUUAGACCAGCCGCGACUUUUGCGAGGCGAUCGGUCGAAAAGCCAUCUUCGCGAAAGAGGGCUCUUGGGCUCGGAGACGGAGACUCGAAACAGCCGUGAGUUCAUCGGGACGCUCGGCCGAGAGCGAAGCGAGGAUCGAAGCUCUGGGAUAACGCGACGAAAAGAAGACUUUCUUCGAUUUUUAACGGCGACGACGCGUGCCCGAAAGUUGACGCCGUGGCCGCCAGGUGACGCGAGAAGCGCCGCGCUCGUUCUCUUUUUCUUUUUUUAGGACCGACUAACGAGACGUUUCGAUAGCUCGAGGACGGGGCCUCGCGACUCGGUCCCCUCCCUCGUAUAAAUUGUUUUUGUAAAUAUUGCGUUCGAAUUAAGGCGGCGAGGAUUUUCUCUUCUCUUUCCGGAGCGUUCGAGGCAGUCGCCGUGGCGCGCUUACCCUCUCUCUUCCCUCUUUCGCUGUGCUCUUUUCGGGCGGACCCUCUCCGCUUGGAAACCCGCGGGGCCGUUAAACGAUCGCUCCUAAUUAUGUUACUAUAUAUAUGAUCAUUAUCGAUAUUACCAUUAUCGUUUAAUUUACAAUCUAUUAUAAAUAAUGUUAAAUGUACAUAAUUAUGAGAAAGGAAAAGUUAUAUCAAUAAAAUCAUUAAUAAUGGUGCUUUCAUAGAAGGGCAUCGUAUCUUGCCCGAUUGAUCGGGAACGUCGAUCAGCGGAUGACACUUGGUGUUUCUCCGUCCGUUUCAAAACUUUAUGUACAUUUGACGCGAGUUCCGUGAUAAAUCGACGGCUUCGUCCGAAGCGGAUCCUGAACUUUGGCCUCUCUCGGGAAGACCUCCCUUGCGAGCCCGAAGUAGCGCGAGCCUCCUCUUACGUAGUUUCGUUUCCUUCCUCUUUUGGUAAGGUAAUAAAGGAAGGCGUUAAACCGUG